GUUGCUAACUUGAGAUUUAAAUCUCGAGAAUUGAUAAAAAAAUUUAUCCGAACGAAAGAUCGAGAGCGAUAAAGAACUGUCAAUGCCAAACGUCACGUUUUAAUCUUUCGGGACAAGUAUAAGAAAUCAUUACCAUGUAUUCAAUUCAAACAUAUACGUAUUUAUAGUUAAACGUAAGAUUAUCAAUAUCUUUGAUCUAUAUAAAUGAAUGACAUUUCGCUCGUGAGCGAUUAAUAUUUGAAAAUGAAUCAUUCACAUCCACACCGUACUCUCCGUUUACGUAAGAACAGCCAAAGUGUCUGCAACUUUCCGCGGAUGACCUCCGUUUUAUAAUCGCCCGCGAGAACGACGCGACGACGUAGCGUAGCGCACCUCAAUCCUCAAUCCUCAAUAUAUAAAUCUAGGAGAGCUUGAACGCGUUUCACGUGCAGUUCGCGUUUGCACGCAGUCUGACCAACGUGUGACCGGUCUCUCACUCACGGCGCAUUCUUACCAGCAUGGCGGACGUAACGGAGGAAAAGCUGUCGAAAAACGAACUGAAAAGACGUCUCAAAGCUGAGCAGAAGGCCAAAGAGAAAGCUGAGAAGGAGGAGGCUAAGGCACUUGUAGCAGCUAUCCACGAAAAUCAAAUAACGAGUUCUAAGAAGGAUAAGAUCAAGGAGGAAGAUAUUAGUCCAAAUGAAUAUUUUAAACUCCGAUCGAACAUCGUCAGUCUACUCAAAACUGCCGAUCAACAUCCUUACCCUCAUAAAUUCGAUGUAUCCAUCUCUCUCACGGAUUUCAUCGACAAAUUUAGCGGGCGCCUUAAGAAUGGUGAAUCGAUAAAGAACGAGAUACAUACUAUCGCCGGACGUGUUCAUUCCAUUCGAGAGGCCGGCUCUAAACUGAUUUUUUAUGAUCUUCGAGGAGAGGGUGUUAAAUUGCAGGUACUGGCCAAUGCAAAACUAUAUACGAGCGAGGAUGCGUUUAUGAGGGAUACAGCAAAAAUCAAGAGAGGCGACAUCAUAGGCAUCGCCGGCAUACCCGCCAGGAGCAAAGCGGGCGAAUUUUCGAUUAUACCGUCUUCUAUAACUCUUUUGAGUCCAUGUUUGCAUAUGUUGCCGCAUCUUCACUUUGGUCUAAAAGACAAAGAGACGAGGUAUCGGCAACGAUACUUGGACCUUAUGUUGAACGACAGAGUUCGACGUAUCUUUCACGUACGCGCGCGGAUAAUUGCUUACAUGCGUAAGUUUCUGGAUGAGAUGGGCUUCCUCGAAGUUGAGACUCCUAUGAUGAACAUGAUCCCUGGAGGCGCGACAGCCAAACCUUUCAUUACGCAUCAUAAUGAACUCAACAUGAAUCUGUACAUGAGAAUCGCUCCGGAAUUGUAUCUCAAGAUGUUAGUCGUCGGUGGGAUCGACAGAGUGUACGAAAUCGGCAGGCAGUUCAGGAAUGAAGGUAUCGAUUUGACUCACAAUCCUGAAUUUACUACCUGCGAAUUUUAUAUGGCGUACGCGGACUAUAACGACCUCAUGAAGAUCACGGAGAACAUGGUAUCGAGCAUGGUGAAAACCAUACAUGGAACUUAUAAAAUCGAAUACCAUUCCAAUGAACCGGAUAGCAUACCAAUCGAGAUCGAUUUUACUCCCCCAUUCAAGCGCGUUUCAAUGAUGAAAGAAUUGGAGAAGGUUCUCCAUAUCAAGAUGCCAGCAACUGAUCAACUUAACACACCUGAGGCAAACAAGAUUUUCAGCGAUCUCUGUGAUCACCAUAACAUCGAGUGUCCUCCUCCUAGAACAUCAGCGAGGUUAUUAGAUAAACUUGUUGGAGUAUUUAUUGAAGAUUCUAUUGUUAAUCCUACAUUCAUCAUUGAUCAUCCGCAAGUCAUGUCUCCUUUAGCGAAAUGGCAUCGAUUCGAGAAAGGUCUGACAGAACGAUUCGAAUUAUUCGUUGCAAAAAAAGAGAUUUGCAAUGCAUACACUGAAUUGAAUGAUCCAUUCAUUCAAAGAGAAAGAUUCGAACAACAGGCAAUGGAUAAAGCGGCCGGUGAUGAAGAGGCACAAUUGAUCGAUGAGAAUUUCUGUACCGCUUUGGAAUACGGUUUGCCGCCAACGGCAGGUUGGGGGAUGGGUAUCGAUCGAUUAACAAUGUUCCUCACCGACACUAACAAUAUUAAAGAAGUAUUGCUCUUCCCUCAAAUGAAGCCAGACGAUCCAAAUAAAAAUAAAGAAGUCGACGAUGAUAAAGCGUCAAGUGAUAAUGGGGAAAAAUAAAGUAAAAAAUAAUUAAAUGAGGAUUUAAAUAAUUUAGAAAGAGAUUUGAAUAAAGAAAUAAUUUGAAAAACA